GACACGUGAGCGGAAAAAGCAGCCGCUGCUCGGCCUGUCCUCAACAUGGCAGCUGCGCUGUUGCCAUGGCAGUCGCGGAUUGCCGCCGUCGCACGAGAUAAAUCGUUAGCCGCUGCGACAACGUAAACAAGAAGACGCAGUCGGCCGGACAUGUCAUCGAGCGAAUAUUCAGAAGGCGACAGCCUAAGCCGCAGCGACGAGUCCCUGUCGGCAGAAGACGAUGGCGAGGACAUUAUGUACCAGCUGUCCGUGUUCUGGCCUUACCCAAAGGGUCCUGACGCUUCGCUGAGGAAGGGCCCCAGCCUCGCGAACCUCUCAAAGCGGCCCGUGCUUUGCAAGGGUCCGGACCCCCAGAACCGGCGCGGGCCAGAUCCUUCGCUGCGCAAUGGACCAGAUCCCAAGAACCACAGCGGCAUCAAGUGGCGCUCGGACUGCGCCGGCUGGAAAGGCCCGAAAGCGGAUGCCAUGCUUUUGCUGGCGAAGCCCAAGAGGCGCCGCAAGAGGGGCGUCAAACACGCGGCCCCGGUUCCCGCCGCGGAAGAGCGCACAGACGAGGACGAGUCCGACAGCGGCCGCGCCGACCGAACGCCCCACAUCAGGGUGCACCGCAAAGAGUCCGAAGUGUGACUCUAUCCCGCCUCAGCCGAACUAAUACUGCUGCCGUAUCUGCCGCUGCUGCUUGCACGCUGCUUCACCUUCAAGGAAACCACGCCUAAAGGGUUUCUCAAGAUGUACGCCUGGCACCGCAGGGUAUACGGGAAAAUGAUGGUUGCGUCGAUCAGGCGCACGACAACAGCGCCCGGCCAACAUUAUAUCAUUCGUACUGUACGUGAAGAUCGUCCGUACGAAUGGACGCCGGCCAAUCAUGGUGGCGGCCAACAAGAUGGCAGACUGAACAUGUCGGCCAUUGACAAACACUUCAUGCUAACGAAAACAAGUGGCAAUCCGAUUGACCCCAGAUGAAAAAAAAAGGAAAAAAAAAAGAGAAAAAAACAACAGAGAAACGAUAAUUAAAAUCAAGCACGGCAAGCUUCGCAGUUAGGGACAUAAGUGUGCAGUGCAUUCGGCGUAAUUGACACUUGCCGCAAGUUUUUCUCUUACAUUCAUAAGCAUCGUGUUAUAAGGAUAAAUGGCAGGCACCCAUUAAUUGAUUGGGGCAAUUCGUUACGCGCAAACACGUUUGUAAAUAAAGCUUUGUUGACAGAGUA